AUGUUUUCCUGCUCCAUGGUCGUCUUCGUCCUCCUUUCUUCCCUUUCCCUUUCCUUCGUCUUCGUCACUCCCAAAAGAAUUACCCUCACUACUAUCGUUGUCGCAGAAAUCCCAACCGAUUGGCUUUGGUGGAAGUUGGUCGAUCAGUAGCCCAUGAUGUUUGAACACAUCGCGAGUUCGCAUCGAAAGAAAACGAGCUAGCUCGAAGGUAAACCGUCUCCGAAUCCUGUUAGUAUGAAACGCUUUCAGGCGAACUAAGGCUCUUUCGUCUUCAAAAUUCCCCCGGCAAAACGCUUCGUGCGCCAAAUGGUUGGCGAUAGCCACGAUGAGUCGAUUGGUGCCUUUGCCAAGACCACCAUUCGUUGAAAAAGCAGCAGUAAGGAGGGUAGAUCUAGACGGGUUGAAAGUUCCCGCAUAGUGAUUUGCCUUACUUGCAGCUCGAUCUUCGAGGGCUGAUCCUGGCUUAAGGAUCGACUUGUCGAUGCUUCGACCUGCUGAUGGGUUGACGAUUGUUACGUCGAUCAGAAUGGACUUGGUGCAGAGGUCCUCUUCCUUCUCUCCUGCGUGUAAUCCUGGGGGGAUUACCAAAUCCAUCUUGUAUAGCCCCUUUCCCCUACCAGUGCCUGUGGUAAAAGGGGAAGAAUCCUCAACGGCGAUGGGCAUAUGGCACUCGCGCAGUGUCUUGAGGACCACUCGAACCAUCCUGUUAUGGAGGAAGGUUGAGGCGCCGGUCUUGGUGCAGACGAGGGAGUGGGCUCGGCUCAAGCGGUCCUUGCAUGGUAACAAUGCACCUGCACCACAAAGUUUGCCUGUGUUGCAGUCUGCUCGAUCGUGACUCCCCAGUACACGACCGAUUGACUCUCGAUAUAGAUCAGGCAGCAUUCUUUCAUCUGCUGACAACCCUUGCGUUGUCAACCACGACAAAACUCCCUUGCCUUUCGCUUCCUCCAAGCGGAUUAACGCCCUCUUCUUUGGCGUUUCCUCGCCUACUACUUUCUGCAAGUCUGUCUCCACCAUGUGGCGCACUGCUGCAUGAAGAGGUUUCGAAAGGAGAGCUUGGGCUCCAAAGACUUGGUAGUGUUGACCAAAUUCAUUUCGGCUGAAGGUAGACGGUGGUUGAUGUUCUACGUCAGGGUUUCCAUCUUCACGGGGUUUUCCCGCCUUCCCUGCUUCCAACAAGUAAACUCCUUUGAGGGCGGGGGUUAACUCAUCACUUGUGGCAAGUUUAGCCCAUGACUGCCCAACAGCUUUUUCAAGCUUGUCUUUGGUGAUUAUUUCCUCUAGCUUCUUCAGCGAGUCAAUCAGAGCCAACCCUGUCGGUAGCUGGGCAAGCCGGGGUAGACAUUGCUCAACUGUGUAUCCUGUCGAUGCUUGCACUGACUUGGAGAACACCAGCGCUUGCCCUGCCACAAAAGCCGAUUCUCGAAUGAGAACAUUGCUCGUGAUUCCUAGUCCUCCUUCUCGCAUGGGUAGGUGCACCUGCGCCCGAGCUGUCCCUUUGAAGAAAUCUACCUCCUCGCUCUUCGUCGGGUCUGCGCGUACCUCUUUGACCGUUGGUAUUCUCAUGCUGUCGGCCAUCUUGCCAAGGACGAUCUUACUCAUUGCCCACAUCAUCAUGUUGUCAUGUAUUUUUGCGGCAGAGUUGGUGAUAGACGGUGCAAUCGUCCUCAGCAGAUGGAACAAACGUGGCACACCAGAUAAACGCAGCAGUUGAUAGCUGGCUUGAGGGUCGUCAAGCGUUGCUAGGCGGAGUAUCAAUUCCGCCGGGUCACCACGGGCGAUUUUGGAAACGAAAUUCCUCUGGAACUCCUCUGUUCCUACUGGGAUCCCGACAACUGGCAUGCCACCUUCAGCAACUGACAGACCAAUUUUCGUCAAUUGUUGCUGUUCGUCGUUUGUCAAAGAGGACAUGCAAAGACCUUCCGGGAAAAGCACUUUGGAUUUCGGGAGACUGAGCUCAAUGCCUUUUUGGGAGAGACGUUCCUGAAUCCAAUUCGUUACAGUGGAUAUGGCCUGCAUGUUCCUAGCCAAACCUGGUGGAAGAUGUGCUUGGAGGUCGUCGACGUAUCCGAUGAGUUUCACUCCUGGCACUGGUGGCUUGUUGUU